GAGCACACCACAUCCACAAAAUGAAACUCCCCCUCCUCGCCAUCCUCCUCACCCAAGCCUGGGCUAGUCCCCGGGCCAAACGAUCUUCCUUCCUAUGGUUCGGAAGCAACGAAUCCGGCGCCGAAUUUGGCCAGACCAAUAUCCCCGGCACCCUGGGCACGGAUUACAUCUGGCCUGCGGCAGCGGAUAUCGAGCCGUUGGUGAACGCGGGGAUGAAUAUCUUUCGCGUGCCGUUUCUUAUGGAACGCUUGGUCCCGGAUAAUUUGACGGGCGCGGCGGAUGAGACUUAUAUGGCGGAUUUAAAAGCGACUGUGAAGACGAUUACGGAUUACGGGGCGUAUGCGGUGGUGGAUCCGCAUAAUUUUGGGAGAUAUUAUGGGAACAUCAUCACUUCAACCAGUGACUUCGGGGCCUUCUGGACCACCGUGGCGAGUGAAUUCACCGAUAACGAUCUCGUGAUCUUCGAUACCAACAACGAAUACCACGAUAUGGACCAAACCCUGGUCCUCAACCUCAACCAAGCCGCCAUCAACGCCAUCCGCGCCACCUCCGCCACAAGCCAAUACAUCUUCAUCGAAGGCAACUCGUACAGCGGCGCCUGGACCUGGACCACCACCAACACCAACCUGGCCAAUCUCACCGACCCAAGUGACAAACUCAUCUACGAAAUGCACCAGUACCUGGACAGUGACGGGUCCGGGACGAGUUCUACCUGCGUGAGUUCGACGAUUGGCGCGGAGCGGAUCGCGUCCGCGACGACUUGGUUGAGGGAGAAUGGGAAACUGGGGGUGUUGGGGGAGUUUGCGGGCGGGGCGAAUGAUGUUUGUGAGGAGGCGGUGGUGGGCAUGUUGGAUGCCCUCGAGGAGGGGAGUGAUGUUUGGUUGGGGGGCAUGUGGUGGUCUGCGGGGCCGUGGUGGGGGGAUUAUAUCUUUUCGUUGGAGACGGGGGGGACCGCGUAUGAGUAUUAUUUGGGGGUGUUGGAGGGGUAUACUCCUGGUGCUGUUGCUACUGGGAGUAGUACGAGUGCGACGGCGACGGCGACGGCGACUGCUACGAAGACUAGUACUACGAGUGUGAGUACUACUGCUGCUGCUACGGCAACCGGAACAGCUGCCCACUACGCGCAAUGUGGUGGUGAUGGAUGGACAGGGCCGACGACCUGCGCGGCUGGGUAUACUUGUACGGAGAUGAAUGAGUGGUAUUGGCAGUGUUUGUAGCGUUGCCUACACUCUACUUAGCUAGCAAAAAAAUGCAUGGGAUCUGGAUCAGAUCAAGAUAAGAUAUCGG